GAAACAAAAAGCGACGUCGAAGUCUAUUUCUCAGUUUCCCGUUUUCGUUUUACGUUGUUACGCUAGACAGGAGGAAAACGCACAGAACACGCACGAGUGUGACGAGUAAAAGGAAAGUUUCGGUUUUUUUUGCACGGAAGACCAGCUCCGGAACAAAUCGUAGGCUUAAGCUGAAGCCUACCCUCCGUGCCAGUUUUAUUUGUGCCUGCCGCGUUGUUCCUCCACGAUUAGCAAGUUUUCGUCAUCGCAAUCAUCUCGUACGCGAAUCGAAGCAAAGGAGCAGCAGCACCCACCGCUGCACCUCCGGACCCUCCGACCCUCUGAAAGCCGACCGCAAGAAACCUCUCCAAACGAGCCGCAAACUCAACUGUAUGUGAAUUGGUUCUAGACGACGUGUGAAAGUGUUGGAUACGAAAUCGUGCCCUGUCGCGCUGGUGUAAAUUGUGCGUCUUGCGGGUUCUUAAAAGCGAGCAGGAAAAGAAAAAAAGAAAUCCUCGCCGUAUAGUUUUUCGUCCGCCGAACGGGGUGUUUCUUUUUUGUUUCUUUCACUGACAGCUCACAAAGCAAAAGUGUCGACGACCCAGCCAGCACCCCAGCUGCCACAGUAACACCGGUGUCCAAAAAAGCAAAAAGCUCCAACGAAGCAGAGAUGGCGAAAACGUACGACUAUCUGUUCAAACUUUUACUUAUCGGCGAUUCCGGCGUUGGCAAAACCUGCAUACUGUUCCGCUUCUCGGAGGAUGCCUUCAAUACCACAUUCAUCAGUACAAUCGGUAUCGAUUUCAAAAUUAGGACUAUCGAUCUGGACGGGAAAAAGAUAAAGUUGCAGAUAUGGGACACAGCGGGACAGGAACGAUUCCGCACAAUCACGACGGCCUAUUACCGGGGCGCGAUGGGCAUCAUGCUGGUAUACGACAUCACACAGGAAAAAUCGUUCGAAAACAUCAAAAAUUGGAUCCGAAACAUCGAGGAGAACGCGGCAGCCGACGUGGAAAAGAUGCUGCUCGGCAACAAGUGUGAGCUUAAUGAAAAAAGACAGGUUACCCGAGUUAGAGGUGAACAGCUAGCAGUUGAAUAUGGAAUUAAAUUUAUGGAAACUUCGGCCAAGGCGAGCAUCAACGUGGACGAUGCAUUCUUCACACUUGCCCGCGACAUUAAAUGCAAAAUGGAGAAGCGGAUGGAAGCCAACAACCCACCGAAAGGUGGCCAUCAGCUCAAGCCGCAGGUCGAACCACGGAAGGCACCCAGCUGGCUAUCGAAGUGCAAUCUGUUUUGACCUUGUAGUAGUCCUACUAUUAAUAAUUAUUAUUUUUUUAUAUAACACACUAAAUAAUAAUUAUGAUUAUUAUUAUUUAAACUGUAUGUAAACGGAUAGGGAGUGUCGAGGGACGACGCGGACAACGCCACAUUCAUCACUGCACGCCACAUUCAGGACCGCGAGGCAGCGAGGAGCGAGGAAAAGCGUAGAAAAGAAGUAUAGCUGAUGUGUCUCCACUUUUUGUUUGUCCGAGAUUCACACACUCACGAAAUUGUCCACGUCCCAUCCCUCGGGGAGGAGGUGCGGCUAACGUUGCAAAAUGAUUUGUCAUUAGAAGAGAUUCCGUGGGAUUCAAUGUUUUCAUGGGUAGUAAUUUGCUUGGAAUGCUAACCGUGUUUUUGCCGGUUGUUUUUGGUCUGCGAUAUUUUACGAGCGCUUUCUGCGCGAAAGCUAUUGGCGAAAUGCGCGUGUGUGUGUGUGUAUUCGAAAACGCAGUAAGCACUGAGCCGCAACGAGCAAAUGGAAGAAAUUGCUUCGGAGCGAAUGCUAGUAGAUUUUUAAGUAACGAUGGUUUCGGGAGAAUGUGAAUUCUAGAGCUCAUAGUCGAUUCUACGAACAGGGCUGUAGGUUUUUUUUCGUGCAGGAGAUCGAUACACAGAGAGAGAGAGAGCGAGCGAGGGAGAAAGUAUGCUAUAAAAUGGUCACUCUAGAAAAUAGAAUUGUCAACCUUUAAACAUAAUAUAUGCGUGUAUAAUCUGUGUGUGCAGAAAAAAAAAGCGAAAAGCAGAUAUUGGUAGCAGUUCGAGGAGAGGAGGCUUUUCCCUUUUCCCUGUAUCUCUUAGGUUCUCAGUUCGUAUCUGCUCGGAUUUGAGGAAAGAACAGGACAUGGGAGCAGCCAAGGGUUGAAGCACUAAGUAACGACACAUUUUUGGACUUGUUGUUCGACACAAUAAACCAUGCCAUUGCAAACGAAAGCAUUAGCGAAGCGCUAGAAAGGUACUCGAAACCACAAACUACCCAUCAUUCCAUCGGCAACAUAGUUGAUAUCGUUUUAUCAUGCUUUUUUGCUUAACUAAGAGGCCAGCUGACGACCAAGUCGUUGUAACGCGAGCAACACAUUCUUCUCUUCCUACUGACGCAUAGGCAUAGACUUAAGUGAGCGGUACGGUACGAUCCCGAAGGAAGCUAGGCAGAUUUGAAACUAUAGGAAACUCCUCUCGUUGUAGCAUAACAGUUCCCUGCGGUGCCAGAAUCCUGAACGUUGCCACCCCUUCUUGAGACGGCACGCUGCGGCAAAAUGGGUGUAAAGGUGUGUUUGGUUUUUCUUUCUUUCUGUCGCGGAUCCUUGCGAGACUCAUAUUUUCCCAUACCAGAAACCGCUCAAUCCCAUCACUUUCCAACUCAACCAACACACAUGCAGUCUUUUUUUGCGCAUUAAACUUUACGUGAUUGUGUGGGGAAACAUCGGGGGCUGAUGGAUGUAGAGUUAAAAGGAAAUAAAGAAACGAAACAAAAUCAACUGGAGGAACAUA